GUCGCGCUGCAAACCUAUACCACUCCAUGCCUAUACUCGCUUUCAAGGCUGGCCGAGCAUUUAGGAGGGAUGGGACCAAUUUUGUUGACCCCAGUCCCACAAAGGGAGCCAUUGUCUUGCAUGUUGAAGAUUCGCUCCUGCGUUUCCAAUGGAAGAACAGGGCUACGAAUGAAAUCGAAGAGGACUUGAUCUUGAUUCCCUCGGACGCCACUUUUGAGAAAGUAUCUCAGUCUGCGUGGGGUAGAACAUAUGUAUUAAAGUUCUCGUCCUCGAAUCAAAGACAUUUCUUCUGGAUGCAGGAUGCAUCCUCUCAAAGAGAUAAUGAGUUUGUGAACAACCUCAACCACCUACUAGAGAACCCAGAGUAUAUUCCCAUCUGGGAUGCUUCUCAGCCCCAGGCUUCCACAUCGACCUCCCAGCCGUCCACGUCUCAGGCAGCUGGAGGUCCAUCGGCAGGGAUAGCUACCCCUGAACAGCUAGCACAAAUACAGUCACUAGUUGCAUCUAUGGGAGGGGGCUCUGGGGGAGCUCCGUCAUCAGAUCUCUCCUUGUCUGAUAUUCUUACUCCUGGAAACAUCAACCCAUUGUUUGUUUCGCACCCGGAACUUAUACCUGCGCUCUUCCCGCAUCUUCCUCCUGACAUGCCCACGCCCCCGUCGCCAGAAGUAUUACAGCGUGUCAUCAAUACGCCGCAAUUCCGAGCGGCCGUUCGAAACCUUGAUCAGGCAUUGCGGACAGGCCUGUUGGGUGGUAUGGUGAGAAGCCUCGGGUUGCCCGAGGAGGCGGGGACGAGUGUGGAGGCAUUCUUAAGAGCCAUACAGCACCAGUCUCAAAGAGACAGUUCUGGAGGUGAUAUGGACACGGAUUAAGGAUCGCUGGCAUAUUAGCACUAGAUACACUUCGGCUGAAAGUAAUGUAACUUGUCGUUAAACAAUCCGCGGUUGUGCGAAGAGGAUAUUUCCAUUUACCCACACGUAUGUGGUGCAAGUUACAGAAAUCCAGAUAUAGGAGGUAAUAGAUGCAAUGUGAAGAUAGUGAGGAGUGUAUGGGGUGCUCCGAUUAAUGGCUUCGCUCUGCUAACCAACGCAGAACGAUAUCUAAGUUGUUUUGGC